UUCGGUAAAUAAGUAUUUUAGGUUAAAGGUUACAUAAAAAAGUGAAAGAAAAAGUAGUGAACAAGGAAAUAAAAUUUGUCUAUGCCAUUUAACUUAGGGAAAGAACCAAAAGAGAACAAUUUGUGAAGUAUUAUGUUAAUGUGGAACAGCCAAUGGAACAAUGUUGGAUGAUGAUAAUAUUCACAGGCUUUAUUCAUAGCACUUUAUCAUUUUGUCCAAAUGCUACCAACAUCUGCAAGUUAGAAUAUAUUCAAGUUAACAAACACGAAGACCUCCGCUGUCCUACCUCAGUAGAUACUCAUCUGAUCAAAUGGCAUUACAGAGAAAAUAAUGACAGAAACUGGACUUCUUUUCAAUUUAAAUUCUGCCGUAAUCGUCCAGACUAUACUAAAUGUGAAGUAAAAGAUGGUGUGUUAAAACUGAACUAUGCUUCCGCAGAAUAUGAAGGAUUUUAUAAAUGUACUUCAAAUCAUACUGAACACUGCUUUGAAUUGAAAUUAUAUAAUUGUGACAAAAGAGAAGAACAACUAAUAUAUGAACCACCCAAAGAAAUAUUAGUACACAAGAAUGAGAGAUGUAUGAUUAGAUGUGGAGCAGAUUUUGGUUGUGACAUUGGCAUUAAGGGAACUAUUUCCUGGGAACACAAAGGGCAGAUAAUUAAUGAAUCAAAUCAUCCAUAUCAAACUUGCGUUAGCAAAAACAUAACAAAUAUAGAAUCUCAACUGACAAUCCAAAGAGUGAAAAAAGAUGACAUAUAUUAUCCAUUUGUAUGUGUAGUAAAAGAUAGUAAAGGAACAAAUGUCAGACGGUUCAAUGUUACGCUUAUAGAUAUGGAUCCUAAAUAUACAACAAAUUAUGAGACCUAUACGGUAAUUGUGUUGGUGUGUGCUUUAUUUGCGGCAUUAGUAAUAUUAGGAAUAAUUAUGAUAUUUUAUCCAGGAAAAUGUUUUAGCAUUAUGACUCAUUGUUCAUGCCUUAGCAGAAUGUGUUGUUUAGGUUCUUACAAUUAUGAUGUGUUUAUUCUUUAUGAUGAUGAAGAUGAACCUCUAGCAAGUAAAGUUAAAGACGCACUUAAAAGCAAAGGCUAUAACAUUGCCGCUAUGGAUAUUAUUGAACCAGGAUAUGAUUCAACUAAAGAAGUUAAGGACAUAAUCAAGGAGUGUGCCAGUUUACUUGUAAUUUACCCAGGAUUUUAUAUUUCUGAAACCUUUGAUCAUCAGUUAACUUUUGGAAAACAAACUAUAGAACCAUAUCUGUUAUCAGUAUUGGUACAUACUCAUCGUAGAGGGAACUGCAUGACAGAUAAGACUUUUAAAUCACUGGGACUAAAAUGUUUUGUCUUUGAUGACAAUUUUUAUAGCCGUAUAUUUUGGAGAUUACCAAAGUUAAAAAAGUUAAAGAAAAGCAAGAAAUAUUAUCAUAAUUAUUCAACAUGUAAUAUUUUAUAUUAAAAUGUUUUGAUAAACA